UGUAUCUCUGUGAUAUUGGAUCAAAAAGGAUAAAUCUUCAGACCUUAGUCUCAGACAAAAAUAUCAGGGAUUUCUUUACAGCUCUGGUCAGAGAAUGCAUGCUCGAGGGAAACGGAAGAAUAGACUUCCUGGGCUGUUAUGCGGCAGAUCAUGUUGAUGGAGGUUUAAUUGCUAGAGAACUACAGAGUAUUGUGAAACUAGAUGUAGGCAUUUUCAGGACCUUGGUUGGGACUGAUAUUGAGAUAGAUGGAAAGAAACAACCAAUAGGACAAAACUAUUUUAACCUACAGUUACUAAAUAGCAUAGAGGGAGAAUUGCUCAAGGUGAGUAAGGAUAAAGACAAGAAGUUGAAGGAUUAUGAGAAAAUACGAAUGGUCGGGAAAGGAGCUUUUGGAGCUGCUAUUCUUUACAGGAAAAGAGAAGAUGGUCUCAUGGUUAUAAUUAAGGAGAUUAACAUGAUGGAUUUAAAUGCAAAUGAGCGCCAAAUGGCUUUAAAUGAGGUGAAAGUUUUGGCAACCCUAGAUCAUCCCAACAUUGUCAGCUAUCAUGACAGCUUUGAGAAAGAUGGUGUUCUCAUGAUAGAAAUGGAGUACGCUGAUGGCGGAAAUCUUGCUGAACUGCUGGUGAAACGAACCGCAAGGAUGGAAGAACGUGAUAUUCUGGAUAUUUUCAGUCAAAUGGUGUCAGCUAUCAGGCAUAUGCAUGAUAAUAACGUUCUCCACAGAGAUUUGAAAACAGCAAAUAUAUUCUUAACCAAGGAUAAUCUUGUCAAAGUUGGAGAUUUUGGAAUAUCAAAGAUGCUGACAACAAAGCAAGGUGGUGCUCACACUGUUCUAGGGACUCCCUACUAUAUUAGCCCUGAAAUGUGCGAAGGAAAGGUUUACGAUGAGAAAUCAGAUAUUUGGGCCUUGGGUUGUAUUCUUUAUGAGAUGGCUUGCUUGCAGAAAACAUUUGAGGGCUCUAACCUACCAGCAUUAGUGAAUAAGAUCAUGAAAGGACAGUUUGCACCGGUGAGGGGACCCUAUUCUCCUUUAUUUAAACAGUUGGUGCGUGACCUCCUGCAGUGGGAUCCUGAAUUUAUUGUAAUAAUAUUGUAUAAAAAUGGGUUCGAAAGUGAAUACUUGUUUACUAGGUAUUAUGAUGAAAUGGAACUAAUGGAGGAGGAAAUAAUGGCAGGAAGUGGGCAGAAGCCUCGAACUGGAAGACCCUCAAGAUCUGUACUCUACUACAUGAAGGCUUUUGGAUCUUCAUUAAAUCUGACCCCUAUACAGCUGCCACCAAGAUCUUUGAUCCAGCAGGUAUCUGUGAGUGGAACUCAUGUUAUCACACUCACCAUGGAAGGUCUAGUUUUCACCUGGGGAGAGGGAAGGAAGGGUCAACUUGGACAUGGAGAACUAGAAAAUUGGAGAUCUAAACCCCAGUGUGUUGAAGUUCUGAAGGGGAAGUCUAUUACAAGAGUUUGUGCAGGAAAUGGAUUUUCUGUAUUUUCGAGUGACAAUGGAAUAGUAAUGACCUGUGGAGACGGUUCCUUUGGAGCUUUGGGACAUGGAGAUUGGAAUAGUAGUGCGAGACCUAAACUUAUAGAACAGCUUCUCAGUGUUGAUGUGGUGGCAAUCGGCUGUGGUAGUGAGCAUGUUGUGGUUGUGGGGGGACAGGGGGAUGUUUAUUCCUGGGGCCGAGGGGCUGCUGGUAGACUAGGUUUAGCAUCUGAAGAAGAUGUUGCAGCUCCAAAAGCUGUUUCCCUAAACACAGAGGAUAUCUAUAUUACUGAUGUCCGGUGUGGUGGAGAUGGCACCAUGUUUAUAUCCCAUGAUGGUGACCUGUAUGCCUGUGGAAGCAACAAGUACAACAAGUUGGGAUUAGAUGAACCGAAAACAUGGUUCUAUGAUGGAGAAGUCAAGCAAGCCUUAGUACCUACCAGAGUAAAACAAAUAAAACAAAGAAUAUAUGAUGCAUCAAUGGGAAACAAUCAUACAAUUUGUCUUACAGAGAGUGGAGAGAUGAUUACUUUUGGACGGAAUCAUGAAGGUCAACUGGGUCGAGGGAACACAAGACUAACUAGGAGUAUUGGAGGAGUCAAGGGCAUGCAAAAUCGUAUUGGGGGAGUAGUUGCUUGUGGUUCCACAUUUACUCUAGUCUGUACUGUGGAUAAUGUACUGCAUUUCUGGGGGACUAGGAAUAUUAGUUCAGUAACAAGACCAUCUACACAGGAUGCAUUUCAUAACUCCUUCAGCUCUCAACAAUCAACUCCAACCCAAGAGGAGUUGAAUCAGGCAGAACUAGACACAAACAUUUUCAGAGGAGCAAAUAUGAAUGAGGCUGGAGAGGUAGAAUCCAAUAACAGAAUUCCAUCACUGUCCGCACUUCAUGAGUCAAGUAUAACUCUAAAAGAUGUGGUACUGGAGCCUCAAGAAAUUUUGGCGUUUUAUGCUUCAGAUACACAGUUGGAACGUGGGCAUACGAUAACACUUACUAGUCUACAUUGUCAGAAUCAGAAUAUAUUUCUGGUUGUAACUACAACAUGUCCUCUACCCAGGACAAUAAUGCAACAAAUUCAGGAAGUUUCUGAGGAAACUGAUGAGAAGAUUGGUAGUGAAGAAAAUGAUGAUGAUGAUGAUGCUGAGGAUUAUGUUUAUGAUGAUGACAGAGAAAAAGAGAGACAAAAUUUGGAAAAUUCGUUUGUUCCUGACUGGUUAAGAGCAGAAUUGGAGGAUGCAGAAACAAGAGAAUCAAGGAAAAAGAGAAAGCGAAGGAAAAAGAAGGCAAGGCUAGAGCAUGAAGAGGAGAACAAAGAAAAAGCACCGAAAGAAUCACCAAGGAGUUCUAAAAAUCCGGAAGAAGGCAAAAAACAAGGAAAAGAGAAAAAAGAAUCUGUUCCUCAUCCUCAUUUUAUAAUUGAUACUGAGGAUAAAUGCCUGAUACACGAGGGUAUGACUACCAGGUGAUAUUUAGGAAGAAUUAAAUUAGUUUAAACAUAAGAUUGAGAUUAGUUAUGAUAACAUUUCCUUAAAAAUAACAUAGUAACAUGAAAUAGCAGUUUAAACAGUGUAAGUCCUGUGUUUUACAAUCCUUUAAAGAAAUCCAAUAUUCUAGUUUACUGCCAAUAUACUUUAUACCUAUUCAACAUCUUGUUUAUGUUUAUACACUACUCUGUAGAUAUAAAUUAAAUUUAUUUCUAGC